UUGAAGUACGAUCAAACGGAACGAAUACUUACUGCGACAAUUAUUGAGCUUCCUAUACAUCCGUGCUGAUUAAUGGCAAUUUUUGGAGAGAUCCUUUCUUCAAAUCUGUUUGAAUUGUCGAUAUGCAGUGCGCAUUAAGGUCAGAUUUGUCAAAGGAUUGGUUAAGAGGUGAUCUGCGAUCUGUUGGUUCUGAUCCAUCAUCAUCAACAUUGUGUCCAACCAUUUGCCAUCGUGCGGCAUCGUUUCCAAUUGUUAGCAGACAUCAUCCAACGUCUUCUUUAUUAAAGGUACGUUCACAGAGCGAAUCAGAUGCACUCAAUCGAUUAGGCCUUAUCAAUUCACGAACUACACUUAUAGAGCAGUUGAAAAAACGUCAGCUUGCACCAAUUACAUUCGAAAAAUCACUGGACAAUGCUGGAGAAUCAGAUGCAAACUUGGGCGACAAUGACUGUGUCGAUGGUAAUGUCGGCGACUUUGACCAAUUAUCACUGAUUGUCGAAAAUGUAGUUGUUAAAACAACGAAGGCUGCUGUUAGAUCAUAUAAAAGUGUACACUUUGCUGAUGAUUGCGGCAAAGAUCUGACUACCGUGCGUGUGAUGACAGAACCUUCAGAUUAUCCACCUGCCAUUAGUGCAUCAGUAAUUCGCCGCCUACUAGGGGAAACAGAUGAGGAGGAGAAAUUUCGUCAGACAUCCGCUUCAUGGGUCAUAUCAUUCAAACAACCAGCUAGUGAAUAUGUUAAAUUUCGUGAAACACUAGAGAGAGGGUUUGUUGCGCUGGAAAAUGUUGUCCUUAAAAAUGAGAUAUGCCGCAUGGUUGGCACCAUUAAGAAAGUAUUUGUACGUUUCACAUCGGAUGGCUGGAAAAGUUUUCUGGAUCGUAUGGCAACUUAUCAACCAUCGUCAUCCAAAUUUUAUGAUACGUUUAGUUUUGAUGUUGAAUUACCCACCAAUGGCUCUGAUCCGGAUGCACGGAUUGAAUUUUGUAUUUGCUUUGAAACCGGUUCUUCUCAAGAUGAUACAAAACAGCAGCAAUAUUGGGAUUCGAAUAAUGGUCGAAAUUAUGUGCUGACAAGUCAAGAAACGCUAGCUCCCAUGUCGCCAUUACCUAUAUCAUUAUCAUUUGGGAAACAUGAUCCCAAUGAUGCAUAUACAUGUGAAUUUGAUGACUGGACUAAAUUUGCAGCGUGGAGAAAUUUACCAACUGAGGGUCCAUACUGGUAG